GAUCAAACAGAGCAUACUGAGUCAGCAGGACUGGCUGGUGGUGCAGCAAGCAUCAUGAGUAAGCACAGAGAAGUCUGUUCCUUAGCACGUGUGUAAGAGGAAAAGGUUUAAACAUCUCUGAGUGGUGUUUUCUCACCGAUGGAGAAUUACUUCCAAGCAGAAGCUUACAACCUGGACAAGGUGUUAGAUGAAUUUGAACAAAACGAAGAUGAAACAGUUUCUCCUAUUUUAUUGGAUACAAAGUGGAAUAAGAUUCUAGAUUCCCCUUCUCGCCAACCUGCGGUUUCUCAUGAGUCACAGCCACAACUGAAAGUCUUCUCCCUGGCUCAUUCAGUUACUCUCACUACAGAGGGAGAGGACCAUUGUGCUAGUGGACAGGACUGUAGUCUAAAUCCAGAGAUCACCACGAUGUGGAUUGAUGAAAAUGCUGUUGCAGAAGAUCAGUUAAUUAAAAGGAACUGUAGUCGAGAUGAUCAAUGCAGUGCUGUCGAAGUAGGAGAGAAGAAAUGUGGGAACCUAACUUAUCUGCCAGAAGAGAAGAAUGUUCUUGUUGUAGCCGUCAUGCAUAACUGUGAUAAAAGGACAUUACAAAGCGAUUUACAGGAUUGUAAUAAUUAUAAUAGUCAAUCCCUCAUGGAUACUUUUAGCUGUUCACUGGAUGACGAAUACAGACAAACUGAUCAAUUUAAUUUUAGUAUAAAUGGGUCCACUGAAAAAGAUAUAAACUCAGAGAAACAAAUGGAUCUGUUGAAUAGACCAAAUGCAGACGAGGAUCCUGUUAAACGUGUAUGUACUACUUCAUCUGAUAAUCUAGCCAGUGUCUGUUCCACGUCACAAUUAGAGGAUGAUGAAAAUAUAGGUAGAGACCCCUCCAUGUCUGCGAUUACAAGUUUAGCAUUUGAUUCAGUGAUCUCUUCCCAGGGAACAGAUGGAAGUCCUGCUGUUAAAAAGCAAGAGAACUAUAUACCAGAUGAGGUUCUCACUGGCAAAAACGGCUCUCCUAGGACAGAUGUGGAAAGUCCAAAUUCCUUUUCCUGCUUGAGUGAGGCGAUUUUCAUGAAAAAAGAGCCAGCAGAGGAGAGAACAACUGAAGAAUCCAUGCAGUCUGGUUUACCUUUGCUUCUCAAACCAGACACGCCUAAUGGGUCUGGAAGGGAUGAUAGCUGUGAACAGUUUUCAGAUUGCCUUGUGCCCACUGAAGUUAGAGCUGAUGAAAAUGAGAGUUUUAAACAUGCGGAAAUUCUUGGCACUACAGAACUUCUUAAUAUGACAGAGCAUUUCUCUGAAUCUCAGGAGAUGACUAAUUGGAAAUUGACUAAACUAAAUGAGAUGAAUGACAGCCAGGUAAAUAAAGAAAAUGAGAAGUUCCUGCAGUUGGAUCAGCCUGAGGACACUCACAAUGAUAGGGGAGGAGAGAGUGAUAGAACGGCAGAAGCAGGUCUAGAUUUAAAAGGAACUUGUAUGAAUGAAAGUGAAGGAUGUGAUUUCUCCACUGUUACGGAUACACCAGCAGCAAAUUCUCUAUCUAAUUGUUGUGAUUCCUAUGGAAUGCAGAGCCCAGUUGUUUGUUUUAUUCCAAAGACUUUACCCUCCAAAGAAGAUUCAGUAACGGAAGAAAAGGAAAUAGAGGAGAGCAAGUCAGAAUGCUACUCAAAUAUUUAUGAACAGAGAGGAAAUGAAGCCACUGAAGGGAGUGGACUACUUUCAAACAGCACUGGUGACCUAAUGAAGAAAAAUUAUUUACACAGUUUCUGUAGUCAGGUUCCAUCAGUGCUUGGGCAAUCUUCACCCAAGAUAGUGGCAAACCUGCAGUCUAUCAGUGUUCCUUUUGGUGGUGCAAGACCUAAGCAACCUUCUAAUCUUAAACUUCAAAUUCCAAAGCCAUUAUCAGAGCAUUUACAAAAUGACCUUCCUGCAAACAAUGGAAAUAACAUUAAAAACAAAAAUGAUGUUCUUGGGAAAGCAAAAUUAGGGGACAACUCAGCAACCAAUGUAUGCAAUGCCUCUUUGGGAAACAUCUCUAUUGCUGACACAAAUGGGGAACAUUUAGAAAGUUAUGAGGCUGGGAUAUCCAGUAGACCGUGCCUUGCAUUAGCUCCAGAUAGCCCAGAUAAUGAUCUAAGAGCUGGUCAGUUUGGAACUUCUGCCAGAAAGCCAUUUACCACUCUGGGUGAGGUGGCUCCAGUAUGGGUACCGGAUUCUCAGGCUCCAAAUUGCAUGAAAUGUGAAGCCAGGUUUACAUUCACCAAAAGGAGGCAUCACUGCAGAGCAUGUGGAAAGGUUUUUUGUGCUUCCUGCUGUAGCCUGAAAUGUAAACUGUUGUAUAUGGACAGAAAGGAAGCUAGAGUAUGUGUAAUCUGCCAUUCAGUGCUAAUGAAUGCUCAAGCCUGGGAGAACAUGAUGAGUGCCUCAAGCCAGAGCCCUAACCCUAACAAUCCUGCUGAAUACUGUUCUACUAUCCCUCCCUUGCAGCAGGCUCAGGCCUCAGGAGCCCUGAGCUCUCCACCUCCCACUGUGAUGGUACCUGUGGGAGUUUUAAAGCACCCUGGAGCAGAAGUGGCUCAGCCCAGAGAGCAGAGGCGAGUUUGGUUUGCUGAUGGGAUCUUACCUAAUGGAGAAGUUGCUGAUGCAGCCAAAUUAACAAUGAAUGGAACUUCCUCUGCAGGAACCCUGGCUGUGUCACAUGACCCAGUCAAGCCAGCAGCUACCAGUCCUCUACCAGCAGAGACGGAUAUUUCUCUGUUCUCUGGGAAUAUAACUCAGGUUGGAAGUCCUGUUGGAAGUGCAAUGAACCUUAUUCCUGAAGAUGGCCUUCCUCCCAUUCUCAUCUCCACUGGUGUAAAAGGAGACUAUGCUGUGGAAGAGAAACCAUCACAGAUUUCAGUAAUGCAGCAGUUGGAGGAUGGUGGCCCUGACCCACUUGUAUUUGUUUUAAAUGCAAAUUUGUUGUCAAUGGUUAAAAUUGUAAAUUAUGUGAACAGGAAGUGCUGGUGUUUCACAACCAAGGGAAUGCAUGCGGUGGGUCAGUCUGAGAUAGUCAUUCUUCUACAGUGUCUGCCAGAUGAAAAGUGUUUGCCAAAGGAUAUCUUUAAUCAUUUUGUGCAGCUUUAUCGGGAUGCUCUGGCAGGGAAUGUUGUGGGCAAUUUGGGACAUUCCUUCUUCAGUCAAAGUUUCCUUGGCAGUAAAGAACAUGGGGGGUUCUUAUAUGUGACAUCUACAUAUCAGUCACUGCAAGAGCUACUUCUCCCAACCCCACCUUACUUGUUUGGGAUUCUCAUCCAGAAAUGGGAAACUCCUUGGGCUAAAGUAUUUCCCAUCCGACUAAUGUUGAGACUUGGAGCUGAAUAUCGACUUUAUCCAUGCCCACUGUUCAGUGUCAGAUUUCGGAAGCCAUUAUUUGGAGAGACGGGGCAUACCAUCAUGAAUCUUCUUGCAGACUUCAGAAAUUACCAGUAUACAUUGCCAGUAGUUCAAGGUUUGGUGGUUGAUAUGGAAGUUCGGAAAACCAGCAUCAAAAUUCCCAGCAACAGAUACAAUGAGAUGAUGAAAGCCAUGAACAAGUCCAAUGAGCAUGUCCUGGCAGGAGGUGCCUGCUUCAAUGACAAGGCAGACUCUCAUCUCGUGUGUGUACAGAACGAUGAUGGGAACUAUCAGACCCAGGCUAUCAGUAUUCACAGUCAGCCCAGGAAGGUGACUGGUGCCAGUUUCUUUGUGUUCAGUGGCGCUCUGAAAUCCUCUUCAGGAUAUCUUGCCAAGUCCAGUAUUGUGGAAGAUGGAGUUAUGGUCCAGAUCACGGCAGAGAACAUGGAUGCCUUAAGACAGGCGCUGCGGGAGAUGAAGGACUUCACCAUCACCUGUGGCAAGGCAGAUGCCGAGGAUCCCCAGGAGCACAUCCACAUCCAGUGGGUGGAUGACGACAAGAAUGUCAACAAGGGUGUCGUAAGUCCUAUAGAUGGGAAGUCCAUGGAAUCUAUAACAAGCGUGAAGAUAUUCCAUGGAUCAGAGUAUAAAGCAAAUGGAAAAGUCAUCAGAUGGACAGAGGUGUUUUUCCUAGAAAGCGAUGACCAGCACAAUUGCCUGAGUGAUCCUGCAGAUCAUAGUCGAUUGACUGAGCACGUUGCCAAGGCUUUUUGCCUUGCUCUCUGUUCCCAUCUGAAGCUUCUGAAGGAAGAUGGAAUGACUAAACUGGGACUACGUGUGACGCUUGACUCAGAUCAGGUUGGCUAUCAAGCAGGGAGCAAUGGCCAGCCCCUUCCCUCGCAGUACAUGAACGAUCUGGACAGCGCUUUGGUGCCGGUGAUCCAUGGAGGGGCCUGCCAGCUCAAUGAGGGCCCCAUCGUCAUGGAACUCAUCUUUUAUAUUCUGGAAAACAUUGCAUAGACAGAGAGGACUUCAUUUUUUUUCCUGUUCAGACCUGUUGCAACAGCAGUCAUACCCAAAUCAUUUGCACUUUAGAACUGGAAGAUUAAGCUUUUGUUAACACUAUUAAUGGUGAUGGGGGGAGGGAGUGGGGGUUUGGGGGUCAUGGGUGGGAAAGGGUGGUUGGGGGGACAGAGGUUCCAUAAUUCUAAGUCUUCUAUGCAUCGUCCACCAAGAAGAUCUGGGCAGCUUCUGUUACUGCACAGCAGUUAUGCUAUCCUUGCAGCUAAUCUCCUUCUGUUACUGUUUAGACAAGAAUCCUGCUCCUCUGUUUUAAGACUUACUUACGGUCUUGUGCUCGGAAAUGCUCCAAUGGGUACAACAAUGACCAACGGUGGGUGGGAGGGCAGAGGGGAAAUAAAAAAUGAAGCAUCAGUCUUGCACUCUUUGUACAGAAUUGAUAUACUGAUCUUGUCCCAGUUACACCACAGUGACUUCAGGUAGAAGUCACACAGAAAUUUUUGUUUUUAGCACAUUAUUCAUUGAAGUGAAUCAAAGACCCAACAGACUGUCUCUCGUCUAGCCCAGGAAGGGCAGCUCGGUGUAAACGAGGUCACUUGGACGGCAGAGCUGAGUUCAGGAUUGCUGGAGAUGUGCCCCAGGGAAUGGCGGGUAUUGAAUAAGGGCUUUCUGGGAAAGCUGACAGGAUACACCCAAGACGUUUUUAGUUAUAAUAUACACUAGAGGUAUUUUUAAAAACCUUUUACUGAGAAAUAAUUUAAAUUUCCAGGAAAGUUGCAAGUACCAAAAAACCUAUGCACGCCUUACCUAGAUUCACCCAUUUUUCAAGUAUUAACAUUUUGUCUCAUGUGCUUCAUCAUUGUUUCUCUCUCUCCAUAAAAACUGAGGCAUUUGAAAGUAAGUCGCAUGCAUCAUCGCCCUUUACCCCUAAAUGCUUUAAUGCUUAUUUCCUAAAAAUAAGGAUAUCCUCUUACCUAACUGCAAGACAGUUCUCAACUUGAGUCCAUGUAGCAUUGACCUGAUACUUUAAGCUAUCAUCUGUCCAAUGUCCUUCAUAGCAUUUUUCCCUCCAGUAAAGCUUCCAGCCUAGGAUCAGACAUGGCAAGUAGCUGUCCUCUUUCAUCGAUAUUUUUAGUGAAUUCCCUCACCCCAUUUUUUAAGUAGAAAAUGCCUCAUUUUGAAUUUGGUGUUUCCUGAUAAUUAGAAUCAGUUUAUGCAUUCUUGGCCAGAAGCCUCCCUAAAUGAUGCUGUAUCCUUUUUAGGGCAUCUUAUCUGGGGUCACUUGAUAGCCAUCUGUGCUCUUCAUUAAUUAUGGUAAAUUUUGAUGACCUGGUCAAGGUCUUGUUCAGUUUUUUCACUGUAUAUUUUACCCCUUGGAACGAAUAACCAAUAUGUGUAGAGACACUUUCAGAUUAUGCAGAUAUCUUGCUCAUCACAAUUUCCCCUUGGAUUUAGUGUCCACUGAUGUUUCUUGUCUGAAUUGAUCUUUUCUAUGAUGGCUACAAAAUGGUUUUCCAAUUCUAGCACUGUAACUUAAUUUUCAUUCUGAGCUUAUAGAGUACUUUUUGAAUGGCUGUAAUUCAUUAUUUUGGUGCUCAAAUGGUCUGAUUUGGCCAGAGGAAGCCCCUUUAAGCUAGUUCCUGCGUCCUGGUGACAUGCUCCUAUCAUGUUAUGGAAAACUUUCUUUUCUGGCCUGACAAGAUGCUCCAGGAUCAUCUUGUGCUUACCCUGGCCCAGCCAUGGAGUCAGCCAUUUCUCCAAGGAGCCCUGGUUUCUUUUAGUGAGAGUGGUAUGAGGAACCAAGAUUUGGUUUGCAUAUAUGUGAUGCACUCUGAUCAUUUUCUCUUUCAGUAAAAAUUUAUUUUGGUCACAGACCAAAUGGAUGUCAUAACCCAGUCUGAAAAACACUGCUUUUAGGCCAACUCCCUCCCUUGUGAGUGGCAUCUUCUGAAAGCCCAGGCGAAGCAGGCGUCCCUCUGCAGGAAAAGGACAGUUCCAAGAAUCCCCUGGAAGCUAAUGCAGGCCUCUGGGACAGUGAGAGGCUACUCCUCAGUGGCCAGAGGUGGGCUUAGCGCUUGGCAUGUACAGGCUGUGGAACUGUUGAGGGCAAUAGGGCAGCAGCUGUUUUCCAGAGGCCCAAAAGCCUGACCGUUGAAGCGUGGCUAGCUAGGUGUAUCCCUCUUCGGGAUGGGUGGGGUAUCCACAUUCUACAGCUGCCUCUCCAUAGGCUUUGCUGAUGGUGGUUACAGAAAACUGUGACUGACCUUCUCAUAGACUCAGAGGUACUCGGGGCUUCUGAGGGAAAACAAGAGUACAUGCCCAUAGAACACCAGCUUGUAAGGACUGAGCCCUGGGACUGCCACCCCCUAAACCCAACAGGAACAGGUAUUUGGGGUGUAACAUCCAGCUUGGUGUAAAUAUACCUCGGAAGUUUGGAGUUGGUUCCAUUUUCCUAUAGAAGUUUGUCUUUCUUCUCACUCAGCUAAAUAAUCUUGGAACUGUACGUACUUCUGGAUCAGUGCAAGCUUUUUAAUUCUCCCACUAAGGACAAACUCUGGCCCCUACAGAGUCAGGUCCAUUCUCAAUUGUGUAAAAUGUCCUUUAUGUUUAGUAAAAUCUUCUUGUGGAAUUAGGCAUAAAAUACCCAAGGCUAGUUUACUUUUUUCCUUCUUUGUUUUUAUGCAGCAUAUAUUGUAAGAAUUAUAUAUAGCGGAGAGCUGAAACAUCACAUUUCUAAGUCAGUCAAAAUUUUCUAGAAUGUAAACGUAAAAUAUAGAGACUUAGAUAUGAGAUCCUUAUAAACUAAAGAGGAAUAGAAUUGCCAUUCUGGUAACUUAUUAAAUUUUUUUAAAUUCUUGAAUUCUUACCAAAUGCUAGGCAAUAUAGUUUCCCUUGUUUUUUUUUUAAGAUUUCUUUUCCUUUUUCUCCCCAAAUACCCCCAGUACAUAGUUUUGUAUUUUUAGUUGUAGGUCCUUCUAGUUGUGGGAUGCCACCUCAGCAUGGCCUGAUGAGCAGUGCCAUGUCCACGCCUAGGGUUCGAACCAGCAAAACCCUGGGGUGCCAAAGCAGAGCGCGCCAACUCAACCACUGGGCCACGGGGCCAGCCCCUCAUUUAUUUUUGUCAGCACCUUCUGAGCACCUACUAGACUCCAGGGCUAUGGAAAAUGGGACUCUGCCCUGUGUUACAUUCCCAUCUAGUGUCUUUCCUCAUUCAGUGGUUCCUGAAUGCAGGUGGGCCCAAAAUUUACAACUGAAUUUACUUCUAUCAUAACUAGUCAUCUCGGGAAUAAUUUAUACACUUAAUGCAUUUCAGACAAUAAUCAAGCAAUCCGCUUGUUAUAUAGAAACGUGAUGUGAUGGAGUUGGACCCCCACAAGCUCCCUGGCUCUACCAGUUUCAUCCUUUUUUGUGGGGGGGUGCAGUGGGGGGAGGAAGAUCAGCCCUGGGCUAACAUUUGCUGCCAAUCUUCCUCUUUUUGCUGAGGAAGACUGACCAUGAGCUAACAUCCGUGCCCAUCUGCCUCUACUUUAUAUGUGGGACGCCUGCCACAGCCAUGACUUGAUGAGCGGUACCAUGUCCGCACCUGGGAUCCAAACUGGCAGACCCCAGGCCGCCGGAGCAGAAUGUGCGAACUUAACCGCUUCGCCCCGGGCUGCCCCUACCAGUUUCAUCCUAAAAGGAGCUGCCUUUACUUAUGGGGGAAGAUCUUUUAGGAGCUGCCCAGAAAUAUUUGGAAAACAAGCUCUCAAAAUUUGGAAGCAACAAUGCAGGCUUCAGAAUGGUACUAUAAGAAAGAAAAAUAAUGUUAAAGUCACAAAAUAGUUUGCCCUUUAAUUAUAAGCAGGACUUGCUGCUUCUAAGAUAAGUUUCUUCCUAUUUUAUUCAGUUCACUAAUUCAGAAGAAUGUGUGCCUUGCACCAGAUCAAAGAGAGUAUUUAAAAUUUAAAAAUUACCUGGGUGAGGGCUGGGUCCCAGCUGCCCACGCAUCCCUAAUCUCCGAUGUGUGAUUGCAGCAUCUGGACAAAUCUUAGGACAAGAUGAGGCUGGGCAGGCUCCUCCCCCUACCAUUGACCCCCGUGUGCCUUGACUACAACAGAGGCCUUUUAAGAACCUCAGUCGCCAAGUCCAGUAGGUGGCUUUGUCUUGCUUCCCUCUGCCUGGAGGUUGUUUUCCAAAAAGCAAAGAGCAAUGAAGCAGACAAAUCUUUGAGCCGUGGAAAACUUCCUAUCAAACUGGAAUAGGGCAUUUCCAGCAGAGGCCUGAGUUUAGGAAUUCCUAGGGCUGGCUGGAACAUUCAAGGAGAACAGCUGUCCUUCUAGCCCUCUUAGUAAGCACCGGAUUGGGUACAAACCCUGAGGGGAAGACUAGGUUGGGUCAGGAAACCUCCUGGCCACCCCUUUGUUCUAGGCCACCUUAUGGAGGCUUACGACCCUCCUUUUCAUUCUAGAUUACUGCUUGACACACAGGUGUGACUGCAAUUAAGUGUUUAGUCUCCCACCUGGAGAAAUUUUGGUAGUUCACUCUGAGAGGUAAGACUGGCCAGAAAGCGCUUGGAAAAAAGUCAUUUGCUUGGCAUUCCUGCUCUUACCCACUAAAAGCUCUCUCUCAAGGGCAGGAAAGCAUGGUCCAGCCCUAUCCCAGAAAAAGACACACACGA